AUGGUGAACAUUAAUGAACACAUGCCUGACCAGCUUGACCGCCUUCCCAACGAACUCAAAAGCGAAGUCGCGCACUACGUCACGCAGCUGAGUGAGCGAAAGGCACUCGUACUGGUAAACAAAGCAUGGGCAGAGAUCAUUCUACCACAUCUCUGGAAUACCCUUACUACAGAUCUACUGCAAACUGGCCAGAGGAAUGUGAGAGGCCUCGCUCAUGCAAAUUCGAACAUUACCAAGCACGUCAGUCGCAUACAUCUUCUCACUCGCUCGUGCGACACAAAAGUUGACCAUCUGCCAACCCUGCUGGCAGCCAUUCCUCGAGGACAACUUCGGACUUUCAAGAGCAUCAGCACGUUGCAAACUUCUACUAUUAACCUACUCCUAUUGCUGCAUUCCAACCUAGAAGAGCUCGAAUUGCCAUUAGGCCAGGCAUUUGCCAAUGCCGUUCAAUCUGAAUGGACGACGGGCUGUUUCUCAAAUAUUACGAGCGCUACAGUAUUUGUCAAUACCUUCUCUUGCGAAGGCCUGCAGAAGCUGUGGACGGAGUGUCCGAAAUUUACUCAACUUAGUCUCGGGGCAACUAAAAAUGGUGCAGCCAUCCUGGAAGAUGCAUUUCUAUCAACUCACAAUGAGUGCGUGGGUACGACUGGGAACACUGGCGAUGCCACAUGCUCAAAGGCGAAACACCUCGGAUUGAGACUGGCGUAUCUCUGGCUGGGAGGCAUCGCUUUGCCCGUAUAA